ACCAUUAGGUGAUAAAGUUCUACGUUCACGAGAAAAUUUCAAAUAACUAAACAUUACUUUCCAUUAUCCGUUUGCAAAAUAUUUAAUUUUGUGUCUUUUGAUUAUGUAGUUUUAACAUACAAUGUCGUCGAAAAUUCCUUUAGGUCCACGAGAAGUGAUCAUUACCAAGAGUGUUACUGGUUUUGGUUUUAAUGUCCGUGGUCAAGUCAGUGAGGGCGGACAACUAAAAAGUAUCAACGGUCAACUUUAUGCUCCUUUACAGCAUGUAAGUGCUGUUCUUGAGGGCGGUGCCGCAUAUGAAGCUGGAAUACGAAAAGGAGAUAGAAUACUUGAAGUAAACAAUGUUAAUGUUGAGGGAUCAACUCAUAAACAAGUAGUUGAUCUGAUUAAAUCAGGAGGCGAUGUUUUGACUUUAACAGUUAUUUCUGUUACACCACAGGAGGCUGAAAGGUUAGAACCCAAUGAAGAACAAUCAACUUAUAAUUACAUUGAUUAUAGUGAUAAAAGAUCAUUGCCUAUAUCUAUACCAGAUUAUCACACUAAUGAGAAAAAUGGUGAAAAAUUUGUGGUGUUUAAUAUAUAUAUGGCUGGCCGACAUUUAUGUUCAAAACGCUACAGUGAAUUUUCAAAUUUACAUACUAACCUUAAGAGAGAAUUUAUUGGUUACAACUUUCCAAAGUUGCCAGGAAAAUGGCCUUUUGCACUUAGUGAACAACAGUUGGACUCAAGAAGGAGAGGUUUAGAAUUAUAUUUAGAAAAAGUAUGUGCAGUUCGUGUAAUAGCUGAAAGCGAAAUAAUGCAGGAUUUCUUGGCUGAUUCUAACAAUAGUCAGAGCAAUGAUACAAUAGUUGAUUUAAAAGUUAUAUUACCAGACAGGGAAAUAGUAAUAAUUAAAACAAAGAAAAGUUCAACAGCUGAUACUGUAUAUAACUGUGUUAUUGAUAAAAUACAGAUGGUUGAAAGUACAGCAAAUUACUUUUACCUUUUUGAAAUUGUUGAAUACAAUUUUGAAAGGAAAAUUCAGCCUAAUGAAAUAGCACACCAGUUGUAUGUACAAAAUUACCGAACAGCUAGUGCUAGUUGUUUAUGUAUUAAGCGUUGGUUAUUUGAUCCAGCAGUUGAAGCUCGUCUUAUAGAAACAGAUUCAUUAGCUGCAACAUUUAUAUUUUGGAGUACAAUAGAUGAAGUAGAUAGAAAUAAUAUAGUUGUAGGUGAUCGAUUAUACGAGCUCAAAGCAUUACAAGAUUCUUCCAAAAAGUUAGAUUAUUUAAAAAUGGCUAGAGAACUUCCUGGUUAUGGUGAAGUAAUAUUUCCUCAUUGUCCAUGCGAUUCUCGGAAGAGUGGUCAUGUAAUGGCGGCUGUAGGCUUCCUAAGUCUUAGACUAAUUGCUUGUACUGAAGAUGGAACUUUAGAGAAUCAAGUAGUAGAGUUUAACUGGAAGACAAUAAAAUGUUGGGAGAUUGAUGAAACAAAUGGUGUAUUUAGUUUUCAGUUUCAACGUGAAGAUAAAAACCCUAAAAGUGUCAAAUUACACACUCCUUAUUUUACAUUCCUAGCAGAUUGUUUUAAUCGGAUUCAAGAGGAAUCAUAGAAAAAAUAUAGGUAAUAAAAAAUUAUCUGCAGUGAUAAACAUGAAAUGUGUUGUAUUUUAUGGAAAAAAUGAUCUUAUAUUAUUGUCAUAUUCCCUAGAUAUAAAAAAUAAAAAUAUUUAGUUUAUCCUUAUUCAUUUGAACAAUAUUAUAUUGCUGACAAAAUUAUAGCUGUAAUAAUAAUAUGAUGUGACCUUUAUUAUGGAUUUAACAUUAU